AAAGCCUUUUUUUUUCUGCCCGAGUCUUGAACUGGACGAACCAGGGUAACUUCGGCCUCCCCCCAGCACACGGGCGCGCGCAAGCGAGCGAGAGGAAGCGCGGGGGCGUCCUUCCCAAGUCAGAGCGAGGUCAAUUCCGGAGGGGUCAAACCCGGAAGUGGGGAACCAAGAUCGAGAUCAAUUUGGCCCUUGUGAUGAUCUCGCUCGUGAUUGCUUCUUUGUGCCUGGAUUGGAUUCACGUGUCCUGCUCAGGCUCAGCUCGUCAAGGUUUCCUCAGGAAAACAAGAUCCUCGAUUUGCAUCAUAUGCUUCUGAAGGGGAUUUUGGUUAUUUAUGGUCAAGAGUGAUUGGUUUUAGCUUUGGAUUCUGGCAUGUGUGUUCUCCUCGAGUGUUAGUGUAGACUACUUUGAAGUUCUUGAGAAAUUUAUUUUCAAUAAAGAGAACUCCUGCUUGCAAUGGCUAACCAACGGCCACCUUCACCCGGAUACUCCAUUACCAUGACUCCAUCAAAUCCUGGAACACCAGCCCCUCAUACCGACAGAAGUCCAAUCCGUCCUCCUCCGUUGACACCUGCAGCUCCUAGAUUUCCUCCUCCGCAAUUACAGCAAGAACACCUCGCUUCUCCUUUGAUCAGGAACCCUAAUCUGCAAUCACCACCAAAUGGGGUUCACUCUGGCAGCCCAACCCCUCAUAUGAGCACACCUCCGGGCCCUCCAGUCUUUACUUCGCCUGUCAGGCCAGCCGCAGUGCCUUUCCGAAGCUCUCCUGCAACCCCACAGCCUGUUGCAUUCUCUUCUGGUUCAUCGUUGCCAGCUUCUUCCCCCCCUCACUUUUCAAAUGGAUCAGGUGAUUUGCAGCACCAAGUUUCUGAUUCUGCAGAGGACUUGACAUCCACUGGGAAAGCACCAUAUGUAUUGUUUUCAGCUCAGAAGGUAUUAAAACAGAAGAGACAAGCUAAUGUGCCCAGUUUGGCAUUUGGGGCAUUGGUGUCUCCGGGACGAGAGGUAUCAACAGGUCCUCAAAUACUACAACGAGACCCACAUCGUUGCCAGAACUGCGGUGCUUAUGCAAAUUUUUAUUGCAACAUAUUGAUUGGCUCGGGUCAGUGGCAGUGUGUCAUUUGUCGGAAGCUGAAUGCUAGUGAAGGAGAGUAUAUAGCUUCCAGUAAGGAAGAACUUAGGAAUUUUCCGGAGCUUUCAUCUCCAAUGGUUGAUUAUGUGCAAACUGGGAAUAGAAGACCCGGUUUUAUACCAGUGUCGGAUUCGCGAAUGUCUGCACCCAUUGUGCUUGUAAUAGAUGAGUGUCUAGAUGAGCCGCACCUCCAGCAUUUACAAAGUUCAUUACAUGCCUUCGUCGAUUCACUUUCCCCCACAACAAGGAUUGGAAUCAUACUCUAUGGUCGCACUGUCUCUGUCUACGACUUUUCAGAGGAGUCGGUUGCAUCAGCUGAUGUGCUACCUGGUGACAAAUCGCCCACUCAAGAGUCCUUGAAAGCACUAAUAUAUGGGACAGGGAUAUACCUGUCGCCAAUGCAUGCUUCGCUACCUGUAGCACAUACAAUGUUUUCGUCAUUCAGGCCAUAUAAGUUGGAUGUUCCCGAGGUUUCUAGAGACAGAUGCCUCGGCACUGCGCUUGAAGUUGCUCUUGCUCUAAUUCAAGGACCAUCAGCAGAAAUGUCUCGGGGAAUAGUUAAAAGGUCAGGAGGGAAUGGCAGAAUCAUUGUAUGUGCUGGUGGUCCUUGUACUUACGGGCCUGGUUCAGUCCCACAUUCUUUCACUCAUCCUAACUAUGCCCACAUGGAAAAGACAGCAACAAAAUGGAUGGAACACCUUGGUCGUGAGGCUCAUCGAAAUAAUACGGUGGUUGACAUUCUAUGUGCUGGAACAUGCCCUCUGAGAGUUCCUGUCUUGCAGCCUCUAGCAAAAGCUUCCGGUGGUGUCUUGAUCCUUCAUGACGACUUUGGGGAAGCAUUUGGUGUGAACUUGCAGAGAGCAGCUACAAGAGCUGCCGGGUCUCACGGGUUGCUGGAGAUUCGUUGUUCAGAUGAUAUUCUCAUUACGCAGGUUGUAGGUCCUGGUGAAGAGGCCCAUGUAGACACCCAUGAAAGCUUUAAAAAUGAUGCUGCUCUUUCGAUCCAAAUGUUAAGUGUUGAAGAAACCCAGAGUUUCUCAAUCUCCAUGGAAACAAAGAACGACAUCAAAAGUGAUCAUGUAUUUUUUCAGUUUGCAAUACAAUAUUCAAAUGUGUAUCAAGCCGAUAUCUCUAGGGUGAUUACAGUUAGACUACCUGCUGUUGAUAGUGUUUCAGCAUACCUUGACAGUGUCCAAGAUGAAGUGGCAGCCGUUCUUAUUGCCAAGCGAACUCUAUUGCGGGCAAAAAAUCAUUCAGAUGCAAUUGACAUGCGAGCGACAAUAGAUGAGAGAAUUAAGGAUAUUGCUCAGAAGUUUGGGUCCCAAAUACCAAAGUCAAAGCUUUGUCGUUUUCCAAAGGAGCUCUCUUUGUUGCCGGAGCUUCUGUUUCAUCUUAAAAGGGGUCCUCUGUUGGGUAGCAUAGUUGGCCAUGAAGAUGAGAGGUCUGUUUUGAGGAAUUUGUUUCUAAGUGCAUCUUUUGAUCUCUCACUUCGCAUGGUAGCUCCUCGAUGUCUCAUGCACCGGGAAGGGGGCACUUUUGAAGAACUUCCGGCUUAUGACCUGGCAAUGCAAUCUGAUACAGCUGUAGUUCUGGACCAUGGCACAGACAUCUUCAUUUGGAUGGGUGCCGAACUUGCUGCUGACGAAGGGAAAAAUGCAGCAACUUUAGCGGCUUGCCGAACUUUGGCUGAAGAACUCACAGAAUCACGAUUUCCAGCUCCUAGAAUACUGGCAUUUAAGGAGGGAAGCUCUCAGGCCCGGUAUUUUGUUUCCCGUUUGAUUCCGGCACACAAGGAUCCUCCUUAUGACCAGGAAGCAAGAUUCCCACAACUUCGGAGUUUGACGGCAGAACAGAGGACAAAGCUGAAAAACAGUUUCCUUCACUUUGAUGAUCCUAGCUUCUGCGAGUGGAUGCGAAGCUUAAGAGCAGUUCCCCCUGAACCCAGCUGAUGCAAUCCUGUGGAAUUUUUUUGCGGCUAAGUUACUUCCGAACUCAAUUGCUCGGAUCUGCACCUUUAUAGUGCCAAAAGGAGACCCAUCUUCUGUUUCUUCUUGUUUUUUGGCCACUUUUGUUUCAUCUUGUUUAUUUUUGGGUUCCCCUGGUAAAGUUUGAGGGGGAUGAAAACACUGGGAUUGUGGUGGGUAUAUGGAUUGGCAGUAGCAUUUCUUCUCUUACAUUUUUUGCCCUAAACAUUUGAUUUUUUUGGUUGGUUAAAUUGUAGCUGAAGUUGUCUCUCCAUUCCAAUUCACAGAUGACAGUGCUAUGAAGCCCAUGAGCAAUAAAAAAUUCAUUUAGUCCUUUAGCUAA